AUGGAUUUGCACAUUGGGAGUGGCUACAGAAUCAUGCUUGGUACCAAGUUCAACGUCUCCUCCACAAUUAUUCUUCCUUUAAGAAUCAGCUCCCCACGCUCCCCACCCCCGCUCUCUCAAGAAGCCUUCUCUAAUCUCAUCGUCCAAAGUGGCCCGCGCUGUCCACGCCGGGCCCCGCCGGGGGGCCCAGAGGCUCCCGGCCCCUCUCCUGGGAGGAGGGGAUCGGGAAGGGGAGGACGGCGGGGCGGGGCCUGCCACCCAAAGUCCCCAACCCGGGGACGUCACGGUCCCAGGUGCGCUUGGGACGGGGGGCGGGCGUCUAGCGUGCGCCUCCCUCCUCGGCGGAAUCCCCCACCGCGGCGGCAGCGGCUCGGGCGGGCUCCGGGGUUGGUUUUCUGCGGCGGCCACACCUGGAACCGCGCCUCGGGGCAGGGCAGCGCGGCCGCCGCGGGGGAGGCGGCGCCGGGGGCGGGGCGGGGCGGGGGGCGCGGGGAGGAGCCGCGGGCGCGCUCGCUGGGACCCCGGGCAGCGGCGGCGCGGAGCUGUGCCAACCGCCGGGGGCGAGGCCAGGGCGCGAUGGCGCGGAGCGCGGAGGCCGUCGUGCUGCUUCUCCUGAUCUGCUUUAACUUUGGAAAUGGACUCCAUUUAGAGGUCUUAAACACAAGAAAUGAGAAUAAGCUGCUUUCUAAACAUACUCACCUAGUGCGGCAAAAGCGGGCCUGGAUCACCGCCCCUGUGGCUCUUCGGGAGGGAGAGGAUCUGUCCAGAAAGAAUCCAAUCGCCAAGAUACAUUCUGAUAUUGCAGAAGAAAGAGAACUAAAAAUUACAUACAAAUACACUGGAAAAGGGAUUACAGAGCCACCUUUUGGUGUAUUUGUCUUUAAUAAAGACACCGGAGACUUGAACAUCACCCGCAUUCUUGAUCGAGAAGAAACGCCAUAUUUUCUGCUAAUGGGUUACGCUUUCGAUGAAAGAGGAAAUAACCUAGAGAAACCAUUAGAACUGCGCAUUAAAGUUCUUGAUGUCAAUGACAACGAGCCAGUGUUCACCCAGGACGUCUUUGUUGGGUCUGUUGAAGAGUUGAGUGCAGCACAUACACUUGUGAUGAAAAUCAUUGCAACAGAUGCGGAUGAGCCCAAUACUCUGAAUUCUAAAAUUUCCUAUAGAAUCGUGUCUCAGGAGCCUGCUUAUCCUCCAGUGUUCUACCUAAAUAAAGACACAGGGGAGGUUUAUACAACCAGUAUUACCUUGGACAGAGAGGAACACAGCAGCUAUACUUUGACAGUAGAAGCAAGAGACGGCAAUGGACAGAUAACAGAUAAACCAGUGAAACAAGCUCAAGUUCAGAUUCAUAUUUUGGAUGUCAAUGACAAUAUACCUGAAGUAGAAAAGAACAUGUAUGAAGGGACGGUUGAAGAAAAUCAAGCCAAUGUAGAAGUUAUACGCAUAAAAGUGUUCGAUGCAGAUGAAAUAGGCUCUGAUAAUUGGUUAGCAAAUUUUACAUUUGCAUCAGGAAAUGAAAAUGGUUAUUUCCGCAUAGAAACUGAUACUCAAACUAAUGAAGGAAUUGUGACCCUUAUUAAGGAAGUAGAUUAUGAAGAAAUGAAGAAUCUUAACUUCAGCAUUAUUGUCACUAAUAAAGCAGCUUUUCACAAAUCAGUUCAGAGUAAAUAUAAGCCUAUGUCCAUUCCCAUCACAGUAAAGGUGAAAAAUGUGAAAGAAGGUAUUUAUUUUAAAAGCAGCACAAUUUCAAUUCGCGCUAGUGAGAGCAUGGAUAAAGCAAGCUUAAGCAAGAUAAUUGGAAACUUUCAAGCUUUUGAUGAAGACACUGGACAACCAACCCGUGUAAGAUAUGCCAAAUUGGAAGAUAUAGACAAUUGGAUCUCUCUGGAUUCUGUCACAUCUGAACUUAGAUUUGCAAAAAUUCCUGAUUUUGAUUCCAGAUAUGUCCACGAUGGUAUAUACACAGUAAAGAUUUUGGCUAUAUCAGAAGAUUAUCCCAGAAAAACGAUCACUGGCACCGUUAGUAUCAUGGUUGAAGACGUCAAUGACAAUUGCCCCACGCUGAUCAACCCAGUGCAGACUGUCUGUGACGAUGUGCAGCAUGUGAACGUGACUGCAGAGGACCUGGAUGGAUACCCAUACAGUGGGCCUUUCAGUUUCUCCAUCAUUGACAAACCAGCUGGAAUGGCAGAAAGAUGGAAAAUAGUACACCAAGAAAGUACCAGUGUGCUACUACAGCAAAGUGAACGAAAGCUUGGGAGAAGUGAAAUUGAGUUCCUGAUUGCAGAUAAUCAAGGCUUCAGCUGCCCUGAAAAUCAGAUCCUUCACCUCACAGUUUGCGACUGUGUGGAUGGCAGUGGUUGUGUAGAAGCGCUGCGUGACUCCUAUGUUGGCCUGGGACCCGCAGCAAUAGCGCUAAUAAUUUUUGCCCUUCUGCUCUUGCUACUGGUACCGCUUUUACUGCUGAUGUGCCAUUGUGGAGAGGGCGCCAAAGGCUUUACCCCCAUUCCUGGCACCAUAGAGAUGCUGCAUCCUUGGAAUAAUGAAGGGGCACCACCUGAAGACAAGGUGGUACCCUCGAUUGUGACAGCAGAUUGCGGAGAGCUUAUAGGAGUAGGCAAUGGAGUAGGAGGUGUAACAACCAAGGAGGCCACCACCAAAGGAAGUAGCUCUGCUUCCUUUACCAAAGGGCAGCAUGAGAUGCCUGAGAUGGACGGAAGAUGGGAAGAAUACAGAAGCCUUAUUUCUGGUGGGACUACCCAGGUUGUUAACCAGGCUGCAGGGACAACAGGAGCCAUCACAGGUGCUCAAACCAUAAGGACUGUAGGAGCCACGGGGGCUUCCAGAGACCUGACCGGAGCUCAGGCAACUGCUGUUGCAGUGAGCGAUGAAUUCUUAAGAAAUUAUUUCACCGAGAAAGCAGCCUCUUACACUGAGGAAGAUGACGUUCACAUGGCCAAAGAUUGCCUUCUGGUUUAUUCUCAGGAGGAAACUGAAUCUCUACAUGGUUCCAUUGGCUGUUGCAGUUUUAUUGAAGGAGAGCUGGAUGACCGCUUCUUAGAUGAUUUAGGAUUUAAAUUCAAGACACUAGCUGAAGUUUGUGUGGGUCGAAAAAUAAAUAUAGAUAUGGAAAUUGAGCAGAAGCAAAAGCCUGUGAGAGAAACAGGUGUGAAGACAGCUUCACAUUCACUCUACGAGCAAACUAAGGUUAAUUCAGAGAAUGCCUACUCCUCUGGUAGUAGCUUUCAAGUUCCAGAACCCUUGCAUGAAGCAAAUGCAGAGAAAGUAACUCAGGAAAUAGUCACUCAGGAAAGGUCUGUAUCUUCUCGGCAGGGUCAAAAGGUGGUUACACCGCUUCCUGACCCAUUGGUUUCUGGUAAUGUUAUAGUGACAGAAACUUCCUAUGCCACAGGCUCCACCAUGCCACCAAGUACUGUGAUCCUGGGUCCUAGCCAGCCACAGGGCCUGAUUGUGACGGAGCGGGUAUAUGCACCAGCUUCUACCUUGGUAGAUCAGCGUUAUGCUAGUGAGGGUAAUGUCAUGGUUACUGAGAGAGUAAUGCAGCAGAACAGGGGAGUCUCUGGUCCUCUGGAAGGCACUCAGCACCUGCCAAAUGCACAGUAUGUUAUGGUGAGCGAAAGAGAGAGCUUCCUUGCCCCCAGCUCGGGUGUGCAGCCCACUCUGACCGUGCCCAGUGUAGCAGUAGGACAGAACGUGGCAGUGACAGAAAGGGUGCUAAUGCCUGCUUCCACUCUGCAAUCCAGUUACCAAAUUCCUGCUGAAACCUCUGUGACGGCCAGAAAGACUGUGGUUUCCAGAGCUGGAGUCCCUGGCCCUCCGCCAAAUUCCAGUUUAGAGGAGUCUGGUCGUUCUCAUUCUACUGUAACCACCUCUUCCACCAGAGUCUCCCAGCAUAGCACUGUCCGGCACUCGCACUCCUAAACAGCAGUCAGCCACAGUCUGACCCAGAGUUUAGCUAGCAGGGACUCAUUUCAUGUUUUCAAUGGACCUGGCUUUUCAUGAGCCUGACAGACAUAAGAGGCACAUACACACUGGGCUUAAAAUUUUUCUUAGUCACUUCUACACAAAGGACCUUGCUGUCUCAGCUUCCGGGAGUGUACUUCAGCAAUGCUCCAGGAUUUACCGAGGGCAUAAUGAUCAUGCUGUGCCUUAAGUGCCUUUUAGUGACUAAAGGCCAAACAAUAUUCACAAAGCAAGUUAAACAGAGAGUAAAUCUGGCUUCUAAGAAUUUACCAAAUUAACACAGAGUAUCCAGUUCAGGAGCCAUCCAGGAGAGCCCCCCGGGAAAUUGAGUGGGCUUCUUUGCCCACCAUGUUAACCUUUAACACUGCCGUUCUAUACGCCGUGCUUUACUGCACCUAGCAGAUUAUCAACAACUCGUUUAUCCAAAGAUAAUGUGGACAGUCUGGACGCCCAGUUUGUUUUUUUUCCUUAAGACUAGAGGCAUUUGAGUCUGUGUUAGGUUGACUAAUUUUGGAACACUGGCAUGGUAAGCACACACGUUGUACGUUUCUGUGCAUGUAACUGUGUGUGUGUAUGUAUGUGACUGUGUGUAUGUGUGUGUGUGUUGUAUGACCUUAAAAAUAGCAUUAUGCCUUCCCUUUGUCUCUCAAUAAUCAUGAAAAUAUUGAACACCUCAAAUUCAGUUGAAUAAUCCAGGGCAAAAUUUAUAAAUACAAAAUCACUUUACUUUUUAUAGUGAUAAUAUACUAUAAAAAUACCCUCAGGAUACAUUAUCUUCUAACUUAGUACAGCUGACUUAACUGCUAGACUAUAUACAUUGUGGUAAGAACCCGGCCUAUUUCACUGUUGUAUCUCCUCAGGGCCUAACAUGGGUGCCAAAUCAAUAUUCGUGGAAUUAAACUGAAUUUUAGAAGCUACUCUCUUUUAUCUAUCAUUGCAAAAAAUAUUGAAAGACCCUAGAAUUUUUAUAAUUUUGAGUUUGAAAUUAUGAUUUUAUUCUGUGUCUCAAAGUAAUUCACUAGCUAGUCAUGACUUACUACUGGAGUAUUAAAUAUUAUAUAAUUGACCUGAAUUUGUACAACAUCCUUGCCCUAUUUUGAAAAGUCAUUUGGGUAUUUUGGCCAAAUAAAUAGAUUGUAUUUUUAUUGCUCCUUGAAAAAAUAGUCCAUUUCAAGUUUCAAAGUAUAUGUGCAUAUCUGUAAGAGUUUAUAUAAAUAUUCUCCACAACAAAAUAAUUUUCAACAAUUUUAAAGACUAUGUAAUUUUGUGAUUUUUCAAGAUAUUUUGCUAGUGAAAUGAAUCUUUAAAAAUUCAUUGUCUACAUAUUUUUUAAAAUGUUGACUUGAAUUGUGUGUGCAAAGGAUUUAUACUUUUUGCUCCUACUAACUCUGUAUGGGUAAAAGGCAAAUAUUUUUAGACACCAUAAGUGUGUGGCCGAAAUGAAGGUCACUCUUGCGUGGCCUAAACCUUUUACUCUCUACUUAGUAAUAGUUGUUGCAUUUUUUUUCUUUAUAGACUUAGUAGUUAUAUUUUACCAAGUAUGUAACAGGAAUAUCACUACUGUGUGAAAAUGUAAAUAUGACCUAUGUACUCCAAACAAACAAAACUUGGUCUUAAACGUCCUGCUUGUGCAGGCUUGAAAAACCUAGCCUGUCUCUUGUAUAUCACAUUUUCUAAAUGGUUUUCUUUGUACUUGAAAGGGUGAUUUGUAUUAGUUUUUACAUUUGUUCCUUGGGAGAUUAUAUUCGUAUGUGUAUCAUCAAAAUAUUUAAAUAAAAAGAUGACCUUUAGAGCAA